AUGAUUUUAGAUGAGGUUGAAGCUGAAGAUUCAAGAAAGCCAUACAUUGUUCAAAUGAUGAAGACCAUGAAGCCACAUCACUUCAACUUGGAUGAGAACUGGUAUACUUCGAUGCUCAGUCAGAUCUCAAGAUCUGAUACCGCAAUUGACAUGUUAUAUACAUAUGAUACGGUCCUGCACGGCUUUGCUGCGAGGAUGAGUAAAGCAGAGGCUGAAGCCAUGCAGAGUAUGGAUGGCUGCUUGGGUGUAAUCCCCUCUUCUCUUAAUCAAAUCGCCACCACUCACACACCUGAGUUCCUGGGGCUUAUUUCUUCUUCCUCUUUGUCGGACUCGGGAGUGAUCACAGGCGAAGACGUUAUCAUAGGCGUGAUCGACACAGGGAUAUGGCCUGAAAGCCGAAGCUUCCACGAUGAAGGCUUUGGAGACAUUCCUUCAAGAUGGAAGGGCGAAUGUGAGAAUGGGCGGGGGUUCAAUGCUUCACACUGUAAUAAGAAAAUCAUUGGAGCUCGAUACUUUUACAAAGGCUACGAAACUAAACAUCCCAUCGACGAAACCUUGGAAUACAAAUCUCCUCGAGACAACGAUGGCCAUGGGACACAUACAGCUUCAACCAUUGCUGGGGCUGCUGUGCCUGAGAUCAGUUUCUUCGGUUUCGCCAAGGGAACUGCCAGAGGGAUGGCCCCUGGAGCCAGGCUGGCCAUCUACAAAGCCUGCUGGAAAAAGGGCUGCGAUAGUUCAGACAUAGCUGCUGCCAUGGAAAAGGCCAUCGCAGAUGGCGUGGACAUAAUUUCUGUGUCAAUUAGCUCUCAAGACCAGCCAUUUCACAUGCAUGUCAGAGCCAUUGCAGAAUUUGGGGCCAUGGAGAAGGGUGUUUUUGUUGCUGCCGCGGCAGGCAAUGCCGGACCUCUUUCAUCUUCUCUUAGUAAUCCAGCCCCCUGGAUUACUACUGUGGGCGCCAGCACCAUUGAUAGAGAUUUCUCUGCUUCUCUAGUCUUGGGCAACCAAGAUAUACACAGGGGAACUUCUACGUACAAGGGUAAUGGUACAAUUCAAGAGAGACCUCUUCCUCUGGUCUAUUCAUCCACCAACAAUAGCUCAAGGCGUUGCCUCGAUGGCGGCCUUGACCCAAAUAUGGUGAAGGGUAAAAUCGUGCUUUGUGAUCAAGGGGAGUCUACUAUCUAUGAGAAAAGCAACGUAGUGGCGAGGGCUGGCGGUGCAGGACUGAUUGUUGCAAAUGGAGUGCUUUAUGGUGAAGAGCAGCUGCUUACUAAUAUUGACGGUGUACCGGCUAUCAAUUUGGGUUUUAGAGCUGGAGAAAAAAUCAAGGUAUAUAUCAACAGUACAGGGAUUGAUGCCACUGCUACUUUGAGACUGUCUGGCUUGACUGAAGUGGGAAAUACUGUAGCUGCACCCAUUGUGGAGAGUUUUUCAUCCAGAGGACCCACUUUAGCAUACCCAGAUAUUCUGAAGCCAGACAUAAUCGCUCCCGGUGUGAACAUCUUGGCAGCAUACGCAGAAGUGGGAGGAGCCUUGCCCUACAAUAUUCUAUCAGGGACCUCGAUGGCCUGUCCUCAUGUCAGUGGCAUUGCAGCACUCAUAAAAGCAAUUCGUCCCACGUGGAGCCCAGCCGCCAUCAAAUCUGCGCUUAUGACGUCUGCUUCCAUUGUUGACAAUACAGUGCAGGACAUCAGGGAUUCAUCGACCAUGGAAGCAGCCGACUCAUUUGCCAUUGGUGCAGGCCACGUGCACCCAAUACGUGCAGUAGAUCCCGGGCUUGUCUAUGAUCUGGGACCUCAAGACUACGUCAACUUUCUCUGCACGCUCAAAUACAGCCCUCAAGAGAUUGCUCUUCUCACGAAGAAAACAGUUUCCUGCCCGCGUACCAGUUUGGAAGCGGGAGAUCUAAACUACCCAUCAUUCUCUGUGCUGUUCUACUAUGGCAACAAAUUCAGUCAGGUGAAGAGGAGAAUAGUGACAAAUGUGGGUGGACAAGCCAAUGCAGUGUAUCAAGCUAGCGUGAAGAGCCCUACCGGAGUAAAAAUAACCGUGCAACCAGAGACGUUGGAGUUCAAAAAACUAGAGGACAAAGCAGAAUACAGUGUGAGAUUUGAAACCAACAUCACAUCUCCAUUAGCGUCCAGUUGUCCUGCAAUGGCAACCUGCAAAUUAAUGUACCUCGACAUUAUCGUAUUGUUUGUAGCACUUCCAACUUACAUCGCAUUGCAGCCAUUAAAGCUGCUUUAUUUUUGUAUUCCAAUAAAUAAUUAG